AUGGAAGACGCUCCUCGUCAGGCUGGGCUCCCUGGCGAACUGAAAUACAUUCAAUACGAACACUCGCUGGAGACACAGUACCUACCGGCCAUUCGCGCGCUUAUCUCUAAGGAUUUGAGCGAGCCGUAUAGCAUAUAUGUCUACCGCUAUUUUUUAUACCAAUGGGGGCAUCUGUGCUUUAUGGCACUUAAUCCCCUCGAUUCGUCGCUUGUUGGUGUAAUUAUAUGCAAGCUUGAACCACACGUCUCGCAUUCGCCUCCGACCCUCCGUGGCUACAUUGCCAUGCUUGCCGUGUCGGCUACGCAUCGUGGGCAUGGCGUUGCUACUGCGCUUGUCAAGAAGGCUAUUGAUGCCAUGGCCGAAAGGAGUGCCGACGAGGUCGUCCUAGAGACCGAGGAAACAAAUAUCCCAGCAAUGAGGCUUUACGAACGUCUGGGCUUUUUACGGUCCAAGAAGCUGCAUCGGUACUACCUUAAUGGAAACAGUGCCUACCGGUUGGCCUUGCUUCUGAAGGCAAUAGACCCUGACGCCGCUGUCGACUUCUCUCUCGAUGACGCAGACCUAGUGCCAAAGUAG